GAGGAGCCGGGCGAGGACGUCAUCGAGAUUGACGAGUGGCUGCUGACCUUCGCGUCUCUGUUCAGGAGACACCUCGGCGAAGCCGGCGAGAAGGAGGGGCCGCUCGACUUGAGAGCCGUCGGCCUGGAGAAGUGCUGCGAAGCGCUCGAGGCCGCGGUCGGGACGGACGAGGCGAAGGACCUCCUCGCCGCGGCGGCGGAUAAGUUCCAAGAGGCUGCCGCGGCGGCGAUUUUGAACAAGGGCAACGUCCACGUGUGCGCGGCGAGGAAACUCGUCGGCGGCGACCCCGACGGCGGCGGCUCUCAAGUCGUCGAGGAAGCGACGAAGCUCGCGAUUAAGAACCACAUGAAGCGUCUCGAUCAGGAGUACGACGACGCGGUCGCGCGGUACGUCGAGUCCCUCGCGAUCAAGCCGGACUUUUACGAGACGACGAUCGCGUGGGGGCAGCAGGCGUUUGAACGCGGCAAGCACUACCACGUCGCGAGCAAAGACGCGACGGGGGCGGCGGCGGCGGAGCGCGCGAAGGAGUGCGACGAGAUGUUCGAGCUGGCGGAGAAGAAGUUCCAGGAGUCGCUCGACAUGCUCCCCGCGGAGGAUAAGGACGCCGCGGCCGCGGCGGAGACGUCCACGUCCGGAGGGGAGGAGGGCGGCGAGGAGAAGGCGAACGAGCUGAGCGUCAAGUCGCAGAUUUUAGUCCUCUGGGGGAACGUCCUGUUCGAGCGGUCGCAGGUGCGGCACGGACGCGAGGACGGAAAGUGGGAGGAGGACACGCACGCCGCGGUGAAGAAGUUCAACGACGCGGGGUGCAGCAAGACGGACAUCACGCGGGCGCUGAUGAACCACACGAGCAAGAAGUGGGCG